AUGGAUCUGGGGUAUCGGAAUCACCUGCUGCCUGCCAAUGGGUCCGCCCACGGCACUACUGUGAUCACGCCGAGCGACCUUCGGACCAGACUGCCUCGGCCACCUCCGCCCGUCACGGAACAGUUCGACAUGGACAAGACCCCAGUCCCGGCCAAACGCCGCGGGGGCAGCCGGAAGGCUUGCAACGAGUGUAAACAGCAGAAGCUGCGGUGUGAUAUCGUUCAGACGCCUGCAGCGUCAUUCAAGCGCAUUUCCAAAAGAAGACGCAAUGCUGAAAUGGAAAAAGAGAUUGCUGAUCUCCGCCGCCGGUUGACGGAUCCCUCUCACGAGCAGCAGGCAGCCGACGCCCAUGCGAGCGAGACUCUAUCGCCAUGCUCGGCAGAUGCCUUCAGCAGCCGUGACUCGGUGGCCGGUGUCGAUCGACCCCGGCCCGUCUCGGUGCCGCUGGAACCGCAGCCGUCAAUGGGGACUCCCUUGACCAUGCAGCGGGACGGGUCUAUUGUGUCGCAAGAAGAGAAUGCAUGGAGACUGGAAGAUAUUUCUCUCUCGCGUACACGAGUAGUCCGGCUUUACGAACAAUACUUCACAUAUUACCACCCUUUCUUGCCACUCUUGAACCCUCCUAAGCCGCCAGAGGUGUAUCUGAACCGAUGUCCUCUAUUGGCGUGGACUAUCAUCUGCGUUGCGAGUCGACGGUCUCCAUCUGACCCCGGUCUCUUGACCGCGCUGUCAGGUCCAUUCAGCCGGCUGCUAUGGUCAACCAUCACCGGCGUCCCGCAGGACUACCGGGUCGUCAAGGCUCUGUGUGUCUUGUGCACAUGGCCAUUGCCCACGACGAGCCAACGCACAGAUGCAACAUUCAUGCUCAGCGGACUCAUGAUGCAGAUUGCUAUGCAGGUGGGCUUGCAUCGUCCCGUCCAGGCGGAGGAAUUCACCACAUUCCGAGUGGAGGUUCAAGGCGAGGCACUCAAAGAUCGCCUGCACACCUGGGUGAUCUGUAACAUUGUAGCACAGAACGUGGCGACUGGGUAUGGCCAGCCACCCAGCACGAUUUACGAUUGGGCUCUUGAGCCUGCCUCCCUAAACGAUGCCGACUAUCGGCUUCCCGACGACCUUCGGAUCCGGUUACGCAUCGAGAAAUUCUGUGACCGCGUCACCAAGUCCUUGUACAGUAGCAAGCCAGAACCUGCAGAGUUCAUAAGUGCUGAGAAGCUGGUGAUCGUUCAGAUCCUGGAAAGCGAACUGCGAGAAAUGGAGGUUGAGUUUGGUCGAGAUAUCUCGCCCAUCAAUAUGAUCCACCUGCGUGCUGCGGAGCUACAUUUCCGGUACUUCGUCUUUUUAGGAUCAAGUGCACGCAGCGACGACCUAACCAAGCUCUUCGUCGCUACGACAUCAUUCCUGGGCCGGGUGCUCGAUCUAGAAACCUCACCCGGCGAACUCAUCGGGCAUUCGACCAACUACAUCCUGCAGAUGAUCGUUUCGGCAGCCUUUGCCCUCAUGAAACUACUCAAGAGCAGUUUCAGUCGCCACAUUGACUUCAACCACGGCAAGCUGCUCUUCAACGGUGCCAUCUCCGCGAUUCGCCGCAUCAGCGUCAUGGACCAUGAUCGCCCCGUCCGGCUGGCCGAUAUCCUCGCGCAGAUGUGGAAUUCCACGGGGCCCGAGCUGCCCGCGGAGGGAGACGGCCUUCAGCUCCAAGUCCGCUGCCGCAUGAGCAUGAGCCAUGUGUACGACACCGUCUGGCGCUGGCGACAGCGGUUCCGACCGGUCAAGAGCAUCGAGGAACUGCAAGCCGCAGCGGCGAACCAGGACAUGUCAGCUACGGCAGGACCCUUGGCGAGACAGCAGGAUAGCAGCUCGCUCGAGGAUCCGACCUUGAUGCUCCCCACGCAGUUUGAUGAGAGUGGUGCGUUCUUCAGCGAGGCCGGGUUUUCGGAGGUGUUUGAUUCGCUCAACUGGGUGUUUGAGGGGAUACCGGACUCGUUUGUGGCUCCGCCGACCGUCAACCGUGCCGUCAUUUCCAUCGCCAUGUCCGAAAUCAAUGUCACCGCCGUCCUCCACCCCAAGGCCGACAAGGUCGGCGAGGUCAUCGCCCUAGUCACCGAAGUGACCCGGCAAGUGCAAGGAAACGAACCCGACACGCUCCUCUACUACGCCUUUCGGGUCCAAGACAAGAACGAAAUCGUGGUGGUGGAAAGAUACAAGAAUCAGGCCGCUGUCAAGACCCACGUCCAAGCACCCUACUUUAAGGAAUUCGCUGCCAAGCUGCGUGGUCUAAUCGACAAACCGAUGGAGCUGCGAAGUGGCAAGAUGCUGGGAGAAACAGGGGUGUCGCGGCUAUAA